AUGGCGCCGAGAAAAUCCCCGUUCAACCUGGCGACUUGCGCGCGCAAAAACAUUCUUCAAUUGCAACCCUACCGUUGCGCAAGAGAUGACUACAAAGAUGAUGGAACGAACGUCCUGCUCGAUGCGAAUGAGAAUGCCUACGGUCCCGGCCUUGCCUUGAAUACGGAGGGAGCUCUCCAGGAAUCCGCCGCGAAUGGCGCUCCUACUGGAGCGUCCAAGCCAGACAUUGACCUGUUAGGGUUGAACCGAUACCCUGAUCCUCACCAGAUCGAACUGAAGCAGCUUUUUUGCAACCUCCGCAACACUCGCAUCCACUCCCAGAAAGACCUGAAACCCGAGAACCUCUUCGUCGGCGUCGGCUCUGACGAGGCGAUCGAUGCCCUCCUGAGAUGUUUCUGCGUGCCCGGGAAGGACAAGAUCCUCACCUGUCCUCCGACCUACGGAAUGUACGCGGUGAGCGCACAAGUGAACGAUGUGGAGAUCGUGAAGGUGCCUCUCGAUGUCGAGAAGGGCUUCCAGUUGCAGCCCGAGAAGAUCAACGAGGCCCUCUCCGCCGACUCAUCGAUCAAGAUGGUCUACAUCUGCUCGCCCGGCAACCCGACGGCGAACCUGAUCCGGAAAGAAGAUAUCCAGAAGGUGUUGGAACACCCGACGUGGAACGGAGUCGUGGUCGUGGACGAGGCCUACAUCGACUUCGCUCCAGAGGGAUCCAGUCUGGCCGAGUGGGUCAACGAGUGGCCCAACCUGGUGGUGAUGCAGACUCUCAGCAAGGCUUUUGGUCUGGCCGGUAUCCGCCUGGGCGUCGCGUUCACCAGCCCUGACAUCGCGCUGCUCUUGAACAGUCUUAAGGCGCCUUACAACAUCUCGAGCCCUACCAGCGCGCUCGCCAUGGCCGCCCUCUCCCCCAAGAACAUGACCGUUAUGCACAAGUACCGUCAACAGAUCAUCACCCAGCGUGAACGGCUGGUGCAGGAGCUGCCCAAGAUCCCCGGCGUGGGGCGUUUCCUGGGCGGACAGGAGGCGAACUUCCUCCUGGUGGAGCUUCUGGACAAGCCGGCCAGCGAGGGCGGAAAGCCCAGCAACAAGACGGCGCUGGCCACGUACGAGGCGAUGGCAGAGAAGCGUGGUGUUGUUGUGCGGUUCCGCGGCAAGGAGCUGGGCUGCGAGGGAUGUCUUCGUAUCACGGUGGGUACUGAAGAGGAGGUGACAAGGUUCUUGCAGGAGCUGCGGGUGGUGCUGAAUGGUAUCCUCACGGGUGCGGAUAUUCAGUCUUUGAGGAGCUAG